UUCCUACACUGAGCAAGAGGCGGAGGAGAGGACGGAGAUCGUAGAAACGCAUCCUUGUUGAAGUCGAGGAGAACUUCUCUUCGGAGGAAACGGGCGUUUGUGAGGGAGCUUCAGGACGUUUGGGGAUGCUUUUGAGGGUCUCAGCCGGUGAUAUCGCUCCGUCCAUGGUCAGAACAAAACUGAGAGACCAUUUCAAUGACCCAAUGUGCUCGUUUUGAGAAGCAAAGGAGACGUUUCUAUAGGAUUCUCAACACGGAGAAGUGAUGUCUGCCAGCUCGCGUGCCCUGCUCUUAGUAUUGCUGAGUGUGCUUCAGGCAAAUGGCCAGACGGAGAUGAAGAGGGUGGUCGGAGACAAUGCCACGCUGCCGUGCCACCAUCAGCUGUGGCAAGCCGACAUCUCCCUGCUGGACAUCGAAUGGAUGCUGCAUAAAUCCAGCUCACAGCAGAAAGUGGUCAUCACAUACUCUGUGGGCAAGAUCUACAAACCCAACGAGAGUGAAUCUGGGCGGUUUUCUCUGGCGGGAGACUAUCUGAAAGGUGAUGCUUCGCUCUUGAUCAGUGACCUCUCGCUCACCGACUCUGGAGAAUACAUCUGCAAGGUCAAGAACGGCGGGAAGUACUACUGGAACACAGUCAAACUCAUCGUGCUCCUGAAGCCGUCCAAGCCACGCUGUUGGCUGGAGGGUCGUCUGCUGGAAGGAAGUGAUGUCAGACUGAGCUGCAAGUCCACAGAUGGUUCUGACCCAAUCAGCUACAAGUGGGAAAGAGUCUUAGACAAAGGAAAAUACGCUGGCAAGCUGCCACCUCUGGCCCUCAUAGAUCUGAAGAACCCUGAGAUUGUGACACUGAAAAAUCUUACGAGGGAAAGUGCGGGUGUUUAUAAAUGCACUGCCAGCAAUGAUGUCGGAGAAGAAAACUGCACUUUAGAGGUCAAAGUUCACUAUGUCCGGGGGAUGGGCGUGGUGGCUGGAGCUGUGGUGGGCGUGUCCUUUGGCGUUCUCCUCAUUAUCCUCAUCGUCUGGCUUGUUUUCCGCAAGAAAGAUAAGAAGAAAUAUGAGGAGGAGGAAGCACCCAAUGAAAUAAGGGAAGAUGCAGAGGCUCCCAAAGCCAAACUGGUGAAGCCGAACUCUCUCUCCUCUUCCCGAUCUGGUAGUUCUCGCUCCGGGGCUUCCUCCACACAGUCUAUGGUGCACAACAGUGUCCCCCGUGGGCCCAGGCCUCGGCUGCCUGUCGUGGCUGCCCUUAAAGAAAGUGGGCAGCCCGAAAACUUCCCUCCGGUACAACCACCACCAUACAACCAUGUGGUCCCCAAACCUCUGGAGCCUGGCAGGAGCCCUAGUCCCAGCGUGGCAAAGCUCAGCCCGGGAAACCUGGUGAGGAUCGGUGCCACACCAGUGAUGAUCCCCACCCAAACCAAGGCAUUCCAGACUGUGUAAGAAUAUUACACACACAUAUAUAAACACACACACUGCAGUAGGCAUCAAAUCCCACAUCUGGUUUCGGGCAUUUUCCCAAAAGAUUUCCCACUCCCUGACGAAAACCCAGGUGGCCAGGAUUUUUGAUUCAACAGAUUCGACUGUGUUGGAAAAAAAUGCUUUUGUUGUUUUUAUGUGCACACUGAAGUGGAAGAAGACCCCUUGUGGAGGGUAAAGGGUAAAGACAGGGGAGGGGGCUGUGACUUGUGUUGUUAUGAUGUGAACAGAGAUACAACUCUGCCUUUACCCAGACAGACAGCAUGUCUACCUGACCGCACACUUCCUAUUCUCGCUGGGUUUAAACUGACAGCUACAGAACUGGAGGAGAAACUCACAAAAGCGGACUCUUUCCGGCACCAGCUCAUCCGCUCCUACGAGGAUUCACAUCUGCCACUCAUUUCCACAGCCAAUCAGCAUUCACCAGGCGGCCCAGUGGGCAUCACACCUAAACAACCAAUGGCAGGUCACCUGCUGGGCACAGAUGCUGCGACUGGCCCAGAAUGAGGAGUAAUCAAAACACUACAACAUAAACGGUGACAGUAAAUUUGUUUGUUCUUCAUUAGAGCUAUAAAUAUUUCAUAUGAAUAGACAUAUUCUAUAUUUAAGAGGUAUUUAUAGGAAUUCCAAAUAUUUCAGUUCAAGUAUCGAACAGCAUUCGUAAUGUGUUUGCACAUUCCCUUUAAAUCAUUCAUUCACAUUCUUCAGGAUAACGCAAACAGUAUCUUCAGUAAUGAGGUUGAUUGUCUCAGUGGGGAAAUGGUUUGGCUCCGCUUUGGAUUUUGGUAUUUGCAAUUGAAAUCAGAUGUCUGGUUAGUGCAUCCCAUUGGAUGCAAGUAUGAU